UGGUCGGUCAGUCAGAAGCACCUGAAACGGUCAAGCAAGCGCCUGAGAACUCAGAACGGUCAGAACGCCUGACCAAGUUGGGUCGACACCACUCAAUCCACUUACUCUCUUCAUUCACUUCAUUCAUUCACCCAGUGACACCCCUAAUCCCAAAAUUGACAUUUAUUUUUCUACUCCCUUCCCCUUUCACUCACCCACAGCACAGAUAGUGCAACAUUAAUGAAUUAUUAUUAAAAAAUAUCUAUGGUGCGUUAUUGUGUGGUGGUGCUAGGAGCAGAAUGACAACAAAGUCAAAGUCACGGAGAAAUGGAAUGAGACCGGAGACAGACGUGGGCUUCCGGUUGCUAGAUAGUGCCAACAUCAACAACUACUAUUUGAGUGUUGUUAAUUAUGAGCCGCCAGAACCACCGAGGGCACCCGAGCCUUACAAGCUCGCAUCCUCGACAAUGGCACGUGCACAUAGAAAAUCAAGUUUUGUUAUACUUGCUGAGACUGAGGAGGGAUCAGCCAAAUCGUCCAGUGAUUCGCCGACUCAUGGGGGGCGAUCGAGAUCGGCGAGAUCGACGAGAUCGAGGAGCCCUGUGUCACCAACCAGGCCAAUCAGGACUGGCAGGGCCUCACCCUUUCGUCCCAGGGGUUUCAAAGGACCGCCCCCCCAUGCUCAAUCUAGGGCCCCCAGCCCCCCGCCAAUUCUCCAACGCCGGAGAUUCGUUCAAACAAAGUCACUUUCACAAGGCAACAGCCCACGAAAACAAUCGCUGAUUCCUCAGCCACGUGGUGGUCUGACAACAAUCAAGUCGAAAAAUCAAAAGCCAGAGCGAGAAAGAUGGGAGCGCCGAGGUAGUAGAAAGUUUACUAAUUUGCCACGGACAAGUUCCCUCAAGACACCCCAACCAGUGAGAAGACCACUGAUCGAGGCAAGCCGCCAAGCUAAGGGAAAACCUCCAAAGACCAUGACGAAAUUGCCAAGACAGGCGCUGAAAUCCCCAACUAAAAUUCCCAUCCGUAAUUCCACCAACUCCAUUAACACUCGUUUCGUAAAGAUCUCCAAUGAUAACACCACAAAGAUUAAAAAACCAGAGAGCUUUCCGAGACAGCAGCAAACAUUGAACCAGCCAUCAGCCCCCAUUGUUCCAUUAUCAAUGAAGAACAUUUCAAAUCCCCCCGACUCAUCGCCCCUCGUCACCGACGACUCAGUGAUAAUGGGAGGACUCUCCGGAUACAGUGAUAGUAGUAUUAGAAGAACGAGGGAGGAAGAGGAAUUGGGUCUUGUGGAUUUGCUGAAGCAAUCCUCAGGGGCCAGUGGCACCUCCAGUGUUGUUAAUCUCACAACAACCACCGCCGUUCAGCCCCUCAGGAUCGAUGCUGCGACAAUUCUCCCUCAGGCAUCACCUGCUGAUGCACCACCUGAGAAAAAAGAGUUUAAUUCUCUCAUUUCACCGAAUCCCGCCCCCAAAAAAAUGUCUCCCUCGGUUGACAAAAGGGAAACCGAGAGGAGUCAGAUUGUCACUGCCGUGGCUUCAGUUGAGCCAGUAAAAGACGAAAAACUCCCUUCAAUCUCUCAAACUCCUCAGCCAUCGAAACCACCAGCAAAGCCCACCACCUCCAAGGAUAAUAUUAAACCUGAUAAAAAUGAGUCGAGCAAUCCGGUUGAUAUGGAGUCUGUGCAGAAUCCCCUGUCCUCAAAUCCCCAUGAUACGAGUUCUGUUGUCGUUGAUGAGAGCCAGAGAGCAUCGAAAGCUGGCUCUAAAGCACAGUCCAAGGCAGGAUCGAAGCCCCAAUCGAAUCGAACCAGUCCAAGGAGUGUCAGAGGUAAUGACGGUCCGAAGGAUAUUGAGAAGGGCGAGAGAGAGAGAGAGGGAUCUGCAACUGCCAAAAAUCAAUUGAGGAAUCAUGGGAGUGAGACGUCUUUAAAAUCCUCCAAAUCCAAUGGAUUGUCCACUGGAUCAGUUGAGAGCAUUCGCUCGACGGACACUGGAGUGAGUUUAAAUACUGUUAGGGGGGUACAUGGGGUCUCUUCGGCGAGGGAGAAAAGGGGGACACACAUGGUGAAGAGAGCCGAUGAGAUCGAGACACUCAGUGGGAAUGUCAUGCAUUUGGAGAGGGCUACGAGACCUGAAAACGGAGAACCUGCUAUUGUGGAGACCAGUGGACGAGUGGUUGGCGAACAGCAGAAUCUCACAAGACUUGGACGCUUCAGGAAGUGGAGGAAUUCCCUCGGACAGCGCUGGAGGCAACGGUGGAGGUCGUCGGGGAUGACGUGUCUUGGAGGGAGGGCCAAGGAUAAUCAGCGAGCGCAGGCAACCAAUUUGAGGGCCAAUUUAAGGAGUAAUCAGCCUACCAGGUGCGCUAGGUUCAGGGCUGCAUUAUCCAGGGGUUUCAGAUGGGGUACGAGAGUUGCACCAUCGGAACCCACCACCUGCUGUCGACCAGAAAGGACAUGUGGAUUUUUGUGCAAUCGGAAUUGGUGCAGACUGCCAAACUGCAGCUGUUUAAGCUGCAACUGCUGCAGGCGAUCCAGUGAGGAUGAACGAUCGAAAAAUAUACGUGCCAAACACAGUCUGACCAGUGUUGCACCUCCACCACUUUCCGAGGCGCAGAAGCCAAAACUUCCGGAUGUCCUUGUGGAGCACAAUUCAGUGAUGCGAGGGGCAAUUCCGUGUCUUCCGGUGCCAUUAGCAUGGUUCUGCCUCGUUUGGAAUGUUCUUCUACCGGGAACUGGUACGGUUUGGAGUGGUCUGUUUAAUUUAUGCGUUGGACAGCCUCGUUUUGCCCAGACUGCCAGUGGAAAGAGUCGACUCGGUGCUCUGAUUGUCAACAUAAUUGUUGGAGCGAGUCAGGCUUUUACGGUGUUAUUUUGCCUGGUUGGUUGGGGAUGGAGCAUCUGGUGGGCUGUCACUAUGAUUCGUUUAGCGAGAAAGUGGAAGCGUUUUAAGGCUGCGGAGGCAACAAAUGGUGAUCCUGAGGCGCGUGGUCCAGAGGGUGUCUUACCUGCACCUGGUGUACCCACUCAAGCACUGAGAGGUGUGGAAAGGGCUCGCUGAAACUUUUAAACACCCAAACAAACACAACACAACCUUCCACACUUCUUCCGUCAAGCUCUUUCUAUGCCUUUUUACGUGAAUAUUUGCUGAGUGAAGCGGUGAAACGUGAAGGAUUGAACUAUUCCUUUAAAUUAAUUCCAAAUUAACGUGAAAUUAUUCAAAUUGCUCUGAAAAAUUACCAAGUUUUCAGAUAAAAUUAUUUAAAAGCAAACGCAUUAUUGAUUGAAGACUACAUAUAGUUUCGGAUGAGAUGACAUUUUCAUCUGAUUUGAAUGAAUUAGUUCUCAUCCGGAGGAUGAAAUAAAGCACUCCAUUACUGACUCAUGACUAAUCCUAUCUCAUUUCACCACUCCACGACUAAUUUGUUGCUUUCAGUGAAAGCAUCUUCUGUAAAUAAGCAAAGUGCCCUUGACUUUUUUUUUACAAUAAUCUCAACAAAAAAAAAAGGAAAAAAUGAAUACACGCUUGAUAUUAUCAUUUCCUAGUGAAUGAAGAAUGAUGUAUCGUGUAGGUAAAUCUUGUAAAUAUUUGUUAAAAAAAAAACAGAAGAAAUAAAGGAAAAAUUGAAUAAAUUCAGUUGCAGUUAUCGAUAAAAACUCUCGAGUAUGAAUAAUCAUUCCUGUUGGUUAUCAUGUGGGUGUCAAUUAAUGAAUAUUAUAAGAGUAUGUAUUACAUGUUUAUAUAAUAUUGUUAAUAUAAUAUGAAUGUUACAGUGUAUAUGUUGGUACGGUUGCAUGUUCAUAGUACGGGUUAUAUCGUUUUUCAAAACUUAUUGUUUAGUUACACAAGAAUAAUAGUUGUUCACUAGUCGCUAGCAGCUAAAGCUUCAUUUGCAUUUCGUCAUUUAUUUUUGUCUUCACUUUUGUUGUUUAUCCCUUGAAAAUUCUUUUUGUUUAGUGUCACUGUCACUGUGUAAAUGUCUAUUGCAUCAUUGAUAUAUAUCAAUUAAAUAUUUGGCGAGUGAGUGUGACGAGUGAUUAAUAAAUGCCAGGUGAAUAAUCUUAGAAUGGUGUUAAUUCGUUAAAAUAAAAAACGGAAAUAAAUUAAAUCAUCAAAUGAACGGGAAGUAAAAAGCUCACAACGAAGAUAAAUAAGAUAAGUGAAUCAAUCGAGGAUUAACUUCACCUUUUUAUGCUCAUUCAAAUUAUUAUAUUGUAUAUAUAUAUAAUUUUUGUUCUUCGUUUUUACUUCAUUCAUGUAUUUUUAGUCACCUAAACCAUAGGUAUACAUUUUUUAUUUUCUUGGCAAAUCCGAAAAAAACUGCUUCCAAAAUAGGAACAGAUCAUUGUGCUGACUAUGUAUAGAAGGUGCAAUUCUCAUUUCUUCAGUAUUUUUUUCUCUCAUCAUCUCCCACGAGACCACAACCUCCUCGGUGUUUUCUCCGAAUUUUUUCAAUCUCAUUUUCCGUUUUUAUCCCUUCAAAUUUCCACAACAUUUGCCCUUUAAUCUCUCGCUUCCUUUCGUUAAUUGUUCUCGCUCACUCGCUCAAGUAUUUAUUUCAUUUAAAUUUAUUAUUUUCAUUAUUUUUACGCUUUUUUUUCCUUUUUGCUUUUUUUUGUUACUUGAAUUAUUAUUAUUAUUUUUCUUCUCGUCUAGACGGUGGUACACUUGGUAGGGUGCUCAGGGCUGCUAGGCACAGAUAAUUGACUCGCAAAUAACUCUUUAAACAACAUUAGAGCGUACGACAUACAGUACAAUGCAAAGUACGUAUAUGUAUUUAUACACAAGAUAAUUUCUUAAAUUCUUCAAAUUCAUUAAAAUUUUCAUCGCAAUUUUGGUAAGAUCAAUGUAUAAAUAUAUAUACAUACACACAUUAAUCCAGAAUUUUUUUUAUUCGUAGAGUUAAUUAAUUAUUAUUAAUGCAUCGCGCAAUUGUUAGUGAAGUGACUGUGUUCAUAUCUGUUUUAUUAUCUUAUUAGUGUCGAAAAUUUAAUUAAAAUCAUUCAAUUAAUUUCAAUCAAUCAUUUGUUCCUGUAUUCUGUUCUCCCUCCUCAUCAUUAUUUACUAUAAUGUAAUAUGUAUGAGCGAAUUGUUAUUGUACUAAAUAUCAUUCUACCGCUUUUGAAAUACAUUCAAAUUUAUUACAUACGUAGAUAUGUACGGCGGCACAAUGGGCAAUUAAUUAUUUUCACGUAUUCUCAUUAAAUUUUCAAUCCCAACAAAUGUAAAAACGUAAAAUCACAUAUACCAAUUAAUCGAAUCACUUGUGAUGUGUGUAAUUAUCGUAAAAUCAUCGUAAUCGAUGACUCAUUAUUUCUCACUAAAAAUUAAUUCACUAUUAUUUAUUUAGCCCAUUAUAACCCGGUACUUGGAGUUUUUUUUUGUUGAUUAACUAUUAUUUAAUGUAUAAUAUGUAUUUUGUAUAAUCAACAAAUUAUCGUUACAUCUAGUUUGUCUUUUGACGCAGCGAUGGGAAGACAGAGCAUAAGACCAUUAUUAUUUAAUUUAUUUCAUUAAAUUGGGGUCUGGAUUAGGAUUCGAGGAUAUCUGGGAAAAUAGGGGUAUGGGGAGAGGGUGAUUUUUUUUUAUUUUAAGCUCAGGAACACGAAAUUUUAAUUCUUUCCUUCAUCAGAGACAUCAAUCCCUCUUUAUAUUUUCAUAAAAUUGUUCCUGAGGGUAACAGUUACUACACUUUCAUAUUCACCAAAAGAAAAAUUUGGUGAAUAAGAAACCUAACACUUAAGAACAUUGAUAUGACACACGGUAAUUUCGGAUGCUUACAACCUGAUAUGUAAUGGAAGAGUGAUUACAAGAUAAAGAGGUGCUGGGGAAGGAGGGGUUUCAAGGGGCACUGGUAAUACUUGAUUUUUGCUAAAGGCUAAUGCGCUUAUUGUUCUCGCAAUUCUUGACUAUUUUUUUUUUAAUGUCUUCGUUAUUUAUUUACAAACGUCUGAAGACGCCCAACUGCAUUACACUAAAAUCUGCAAUUGUCUCAGGGUUUUAACAAUUGUCAAUUAUUACGAGAAAAAAAAAAACUCCAGCAAUUCUACACGUUUACGCUCCUCUCUCACGGAUUUAACGAAGAAAAAACAAAAAACAUAAUUUCAAUGGGUGAAUAAGUGAUGCAAUAUCGACGAUAAUUAAACGAUAACGUAACAUAAUGUAAUAAUAACGAUAUGUUUUCUAUCAGCUAUUUAACUCUAAUUAAAUUUAAAAUCUAAUACCAUACAUUCAUUGAAUUUUCAAUCGACAGAGAAUGAACUUCAAGGUUUUGAUCGAUUAAUCAAUUAUAAUUAAGUUCCAAUUUAUAGGAAAUUGGUGGUAUAAAUAAUAAAUUUUCCAUUGUUUCACCAUAUUACUCGAUGAAACUGUACCACUUGGAUUCUACUGAAUUUCUGUUGCAGAUAUAUACAUACAGGGGAUAUGUAUCAAUUAUAAUUUCAGCAAAAAAAUUUCAUCGCGUCCAUUCGUUUACAUAACGCAAUUAUUGACAUUUUUUUUUUACUUUUCUCUGUUUUCUCUUUACAACCCUAAUUCGCAGUACGUGGGCAUGUACCUUAAUUAAGUCGAGAAAAAUCAUGUCUUAGGAUAAUCAGUAUGAUAUACGUCUAAUAUAUAUAUAUAUAUAUCAAUAUAUAUAUAUUAGAAUAUGUAUAUAUAAUUUUUUGCGAUACCACAGUGGAAUCGUACCUAAUACAAUUAAAAUUUGAUUUUGUACAUAGCUUUUAUUCCAUUCACCGGGGGAGGAGGUCAUUAAUACUGGAAGUAACUGGCGCUAUAUACUUUUUAGUUAAUGUGAGACAUAAAUUCCGUGACAACACAGAAUUCAAUGGAUAAUGAAAUAAAAUAAAUGUAAUGAGUACGAAUGAGACAGUUAAUGGCUGUGAUUAAGCCUUGGCGCAGGUCUUUAACAAUUGAUUGCAUUCUUCUGCCGGUGAAUGGCAUAGUCUUUACAUGUUUACAUUAUUCCAUUUUUUAUUUUCUUGAAUUUACACGCUCUCAUCACGGUAUAUCCCCUUCUACUCGGAGAUCACUUGUUUUACUUAUUUAUUUAGAGCAAAUGCAAAUUCAAUAGUGUAAUUUUUCAUUAUUUCCUCGUCAUCAUCCACACCGCUAUGGGAUUUUUAAUUGGAGUCGUUGGUGACGUAAUUGAGUUUUUGGAUGAAUUCUUUUCGUUGGGAAGUAAAUCAAAUAAUUAUAAAUUUUUCAGUCUGAAAUAUUCGGGAAUAUCGAGGAGAUGUAGCCAAUCAGAUGUCACUGUUUGCUGGGAAUGAAAAAAAUUGAGAGUUGACCAUUGAAUUUUGUAUUUGUCCAUGAAAAAAAAUUCAUGAAAAACUCGAAUUGCGACGGAAUUUCGAUCAGAAUUUUAUUCUCAAAUUUUUCGUGCUCAUUGGAAA